GCUGUAUUCACACAAUAUCUGUAAUUAUGUUAUAAGUAAAAAAUACAAUAAAAAAGCAAACCAUUUUAAUAUGGAUCUACAAGGCGGAUUCACAUUCUGGAUGAUUUUUUAUUUCAUUGGAUCGGCGGCCUGUACGAGUAUCACAAAACGCGAUUCAAUUGAUGAUUUCACCACUCAUGACUUUAAUAAAUAUCAUCAUUAUGAUUACUUAGUCGCCACACUCGAUGGCUUACAGAAUCAGUUUCCUGAUCUUGCGCGAACAGGAUCUAUCGGUCAAUCAGUACAAAAACGUGAACUAAUGUACAUAGAAAUUUCUAAAAAUGUUGUACAAGAAAGCCCAGGAAGGCCAAAGGUCAAAUUAGUGGGAAAUAUGCAUGGCGACGAAACCAUCGGGAGGGAAAUUUUGAUCUAUCUCGCCCAACAUCUACUUGGGAAAUACGAAACAGAUGACAGGGCGAAAUAUAUCGUGGAUAAUGUAAGACUAUUCAUCAUGCCUUCUUUGAAUCCUGAUGGGUUUGAGUUGGCAAUUGAAGGUUCAUGCACGUCGAGGUAUAAGGGACGAGAGAACGCGAAUUCCGCUGAUUUAAAUCGCAAUUUUCCAGAUCAAUUUGACACCCCAGUUGGUGCAAAAAAACGGAAACAAAGCCGCCAACCCGAAACGGCAGCAAUGAUUGAUUGGAUACUGAAAAACUUUUUCGUGCUUUCAGCAAAUUUUCACGCUGGUAGCGAAGUCGCGAGCUACCCAUUUGAUGACUCUGCAGAUCAUUCUUAUGGACAUAAAAGCCAAGCUCCUGAUGAUAUAUUUUUCCGAUACAUGGCGCGUACUUACGCCGAUAAACAUUUAACAAUGAGUAAACCUGGACAAAAAUGCGGGACAGAUCAGUUUGAGAAUGGAAUUACUAACGGUGCUAAAUGGUAUGACGUUCCAGGCGGUAUGGAAGAUUUCAAUUACUUACAAGGAAAUUGUUUUGAAAUUACAUUGGAAUUGACAUGCUGUAAAUAUCCGAUGGCCUCUGAGUUGCAACGGGAGUGGGGGAAAAAUAAAGAAGCUCUUCUAAGUUUUGUGGAGCUUAUAAAAUCCGGUAUUUGGGGGUUCGUAAUUGAUGGUGAAACAGGAGAAAAGCUACAAAAUGUCAUUGUUGAAGUUGUAGGCAUUGAGAAAAACAUAACAACAGCGGAACAUGGAGAUUUUUGGCGCCUUCUCAUCCCUGGUUUUUACGAUUUAAAAUUUCAUCGUGAAGGAUAUAAAAGCUCGGAACCGAUACCUAUGAUUGUGGUACAAGGAACGCCAAGUAGAAUGAACGUUUCUCUCUAUAAAGAGAAUUCAUCAUUUGAAGAAAAUUCUGAAGUGCUCCCUACUACGUCUAGUGGUGAAGAGAUGAUAUCAGUAUCCCUCAACGAAGAUACGGAUCUCGAUAAUGAAGGAAAAACAAAAACGAUCGUUGUUUCACCAGACAUAAACAUACCUAGUUCGGCCACCACGGAACCAGUUAACGAGGAAAGCAAACUGAACGAAAUUGUCGAUAUAGUUGGAAGCAUAGAAUCACAACUGGAGUUCCAAUAUCACGACCACGAAGCGUUGACAAAAUUUUUAACAAUUUAUUCGCAACUGUUUCCUUCGAUUACAAGACUUUACAGUAUUGGGGAGUCAGUGCAAGGAAGAGAGCUUUGGGUUUUAGAAAUUUCUGACAAUCCUGGGGUUCAUGAACCUGGGGAACCAGAGUUCAAAUAUAUAGGAAACAUGCACGGAAAUGAGGUCGUAGGUCGCGAGAUUUUAUUGAAUUUGAUAACGUAUUUAUGUUAUGGAUAUGGUGAUGAUAAAAAGGUGACUGAUAUUGUCGACAACACGCGGAUUCAUAUCAUGCCUACGAUGAACCCCGAUGGGUUUGAAAUUGCACAAGAGGGCGAUAUAGAGGGCACAAAAGGCCGUGAAAACGCAAAUAAAGUCGACCUGAAUCGUAAUUUUCCAGAUCAAUAUUAUCCAAACAGAAUCCGUGACCCAGAAGUUGAAACUGUAGCUAUCAUGAAAUGGCUCAAAUCGUACCCAUUUGUCCUUUCGGCUAAUUUGCAUGGAGGAUCCCUUGUAGCAAAUUAUCCGUAUGACGAUUUACCAAAUAGGGGCCAACGGAGAGGGGACCAUGGUUACAGCAAGUCCCCCGAUGACAAUAUCUUUAUCCAUCUUGCGAAAGUUUACUCCCAAUCGCACCGUACCAUGCAUAAUGGUAAACCAUGCGUUGAUUUAUUUCCCGGGGAAACUUUUGACGAAGGAAUCACGAAUGGUGCGGAUUGGUACUCCGUCGCUGGGGGAAUGCAAGACUGGAAUUACGUGAAUACGAAUUGCUUUGAGAUUACUCUUGAAUUAGGAUGCAUGAAAUACCCUUGGCACAAAGAUUUGGAAACUUAUUGGAAGGACAAUAAGAACGCACUUGUUGAUUUUAUGGACGAGGUCCACAAGGGGGUGACGGGAUUCGUUUUCGACACAAAGGGGGUGCCGAUUUCAAACGCUGUAAUUUUAGUUCAGGGAAUUAAGCAUAACAUCACAACAGCUAAGGAUGGUGAUUUUUGGCGCCUCCUAGUGCCAGGAGAUUACAAAUUAACCGCUUCUAAAGAUGGAUAUAUUGCAAGAAGUUUUGACAUAGAAGUGACUUCUGAUUACGCUGUGGUACAAAAUUUCACUCUUCUUAAAGAAGGGGAAACCCCAAUUUUACCAAACGAAAAUCCAAAUCCUCCUCAAAAUGGGAGCGUGGAAAUAAGCGUUGGCGGCAUCGUGUGGUCAACUAAAGACCAGGGUUACAUAUUCGGAAUAUCGAAGGUGCUGAUUAUCACUGUAGGAGUUGCAAUAAUCGCGAUGGCAAUCUGUAUAUUCUUUGUCGUUAGAUUAAACUACCAAAGACACGAUUACACGAAAGUAGACCAAGGUUUUCAUCGUAUUAACAAAACUUUAGAUGAGUACAGCGAUCAGGUUCCUAUACCAGAGUCAAACUCGAUGCUCGCUGAUAAAGACAGAGUUUAUCAAGAAGUCUACCACGAUGAGUCUUCUUCUGAGGGUGAGGAGGACGUUAUUUUUGCCCCCAAAACUGUAUAAUGCCUCUAGUGGUCUAGAUUUUUGAAUAUAACAAACUUUAUUAAUAGUGACCAAUAUUAUUUUAAUUAUGCUCUCGUUAUGUCUUUUUAUUCAAAUUUGGGAUUUUUCUAGAAUUGAAAGAUUAUUUCUCAGUCUUGGUAAGUUACAGAACAUUUUUACUAACACAAAGUUUACUGUAAUAACUGAAACAACUCUUAAAUAUCAAUAAACGGUGCUUUUUUUCGAUAUAUAAUUUGAAUUUUUAGAAGGUUAAAAUAUAGGUAGUCCAAGCGAUUGAAGAGUCUUGCUUUUCACUAACACAAAUAUAUUUCUGUAACAUUUCGUCUUACCAAGGUCAGACUUCAUCAGACAAACAUAGUUCAACUAAAAAUUUUGUGUUAGUUUACAGCAGGAUUCCUAAAUCACAUAGAAUGAUCAUCUUCACUCUUUCGACAUCAUUCUUGCGUUGUACAGAGUAACCCCUCGCCCGCAAAAAAAAAAAAAAAAACAGGUCAUUUAUCCUAUAGAAAACAUAAAUUUUAUGCAAAACAUCCCAGGUUGCUGAAACUUUUGGGUGUAAUCAUACACAAACAAAAAUUUCAAAUAAAUUGGCUUUCUUUUUGCGGAAGUAAUUGCGAUAUUUAUAUUGUUUUUUUUUUGGAAAGAGGGGAUUACGCUGUAUACGGAUCAAAUUCAUAAGGCAUUCUGUUUUUUUUUUCAUAUCUUCAUUAUAUUCCGUCUAUAGCAAUUAUUUUACGACUAUAGAUUUUUAGAUGAAACAAUAUUGAAAUAUCAAGAGAACUUUAAAAAUGUCCUGCCCAUAGAACCCCCACUUGUGCCUUUAUUUAGGUUAAAAUAUUGUGUUGUUUUAUGAUACCGAUUGUAUAAUGUUAUUUUGGUUUAUUUGUCAAGUAUUUUUUUCUCCCCCCCUGGGGUUCUCAACCUUUUCUCUGUUAAGUGCCCCCCGAGUCACGAAACAAUCAACGCGAACCCAGGUCAUUCGAAAUGCAAUUGGUAUUAUAUGUCCAUUCCUAUUUCAAACCUGCUGUCUGUAUGGAAGCCCAAUUUUCAUAUAUAAAUGAGGUCGUUCAGAUAAUUUUGACUGUACACACGUCCCUUUAAGACCAUACUUCGAUUCUUUCCUGUUUUUUUUAUUUUAUUUGAAGCCUCUUAUGUUAUUAUUCAACUUAUAAUAUCUAAAGUAAUCUAUCUAACUCUUUCUAUUCUCUCAUUUUAGUCAAAUAACUGAAGCUUUUAUCAUUGUAGCAUUACUACAAGGGCUGUUGGAUGGUGAAACAAUAGUUACUCCCGUAGUUUGUGUACCAGGUUAUGGUUAGGCCAUAAUUUUAUUCUGAUUUUUCCUCAUUUCAGUUCUAUUACGAGUUCGGGGACUGUGUGUGUUAGCCAAGUGAAUAUACCCCCUGCCCAUAGGUUUCAGUCCCUUUACACAACUUGGUGUAAAGUAGACGGAAAAACUAGUCACUUCCAUAUUGGUACACACACUUCUGGAGUGUCGCUUUUAUUAUUGUAGCAUUAUUCCAAUGGCAAAAUAAUAUUCUAAAAUGUAUUUGGAAUAGCAAAGUAUUCGGUUUUGGCCAUCCCAACCCAUAGUUUUUCCUUGUAUGCAGUUUUCUGUAUGUUAUCUAGUCUUGAAACAGCUAGGCAUUUUUACUGUAGCAAUUCAAGGGUUUCAACACAAAAGGGCGAAAGUUUACAUUUCCAAAGAAAUUUAUUUGAAAAUGUUACGGAGUAAAUAGAUCCUUUUUUAAUUUUAGUAUCUGAUCAUAACAAACCCAAACCGCGGCAUGUGUGUCACUUACGGCACAUGUAGCGAUUUAUUAUGGCCCGCCGAACUUCAUGUUUUAAGGCAUUUGUGCUCUAGACGCCAUCAAUUGUUACUUAUCACUGUUAAAGCUUGUGUAUAUUCAUAACAUUUAAAUUAUAUCGGUAUCUUGCGGGAGAUCCACUUUCUCGCGUCGCGAUUAUCCUUCCGUUAAUUUUCACCCCAUUUAUGGUAGUCGACUGGGUUUAAUGCAUUAUUCGAAAGUAUUUCGAUAAAAAUUACAAAAGUUUGAAAAUCAGAAACUGCAUUUCCCUCAUUUUCAUGACAUUAAGCCCGCAAAUUAUAUCCAUGUUUUUGUUAUUAUACUACACUCACCAAUUCAUACGCCAUUGGCCUCUCUGUAAAUUAUUUUUUCUGAUAUCAUAAUGUGUGAAGUUGUUUUUGCUAUUUGAGAUCUACUGUAGUGUAUUUGAUGAUAUUUUAAUAAUUUUAUCUUUUGUUGUCAAGUAAUAUAGAUAGUUGUCCAAAAUCGAAUCUUUUUUAAUUCGAAUCGAAUAUUAUUGCGCAAUCUUAAAUCUGUCUCAAUUUUACGAUAAAAACCCCCUCUUGAUAUUGUGAUAACAUAUGUGGAAUCACAACUGAAAUACUACCUUUAUUUGGACUUCAUUUCACUGAUUCGCAAAUUACCUGCCUUCGAUUUUGAAUAUACGGUUCGCUUGGAAAGCCCUAAUAGUUCGGAGAUAGUUUAUACUACCGUGUUCAUAAAGUCUUCAAAUUCCAAUUUAAAAAUAUUGUGAAAUUUGUGACUUCAUCACAAAAUUUUGAAAUUAUAUCAAGACUUUAUGAACACCCUGAAAAUUGCCAUUAUUCUUCAGAUUUUAAUAGUUAAACGGAUUUAAAUAGGCUAUAAUUUGUAAUUUUAUGAGUCAGAGAUGAAUUGCUACCCGAUUAACGAUUUUUAUUUCGGCAUCAGCCCUUCGUUAACAAUAAUAUUGUGUUUGAACUUACUUCUCAUAAUUUGUGUAUGUUUGAUAUUUGCCGGUUGGAAAAAACUCUAGCUGUAACUGUGAAAAUAUCAAGCCAUUAUUCAACGUACGUAACAGAUUUAGUGUAACAUACGCAUUGUAUUUUCUCAACGAGCCAUAUCAAAGUUAAAAUGCCCUCUGUAGUAAAUCAACCAUGCUAGUAGUUUUAUGACCUCAUAGACGUUAUUUUUUGCUGAUUGCACAAAUUUUUGUCUGAGGGAUUUAGUGGGAAGUUUUAAAUUUUCUGGAGGGAAAUUAUCGUUAAUUAAGGUUAACUUGCGAAGGUUUCAUGACCACAUAGGCGUUAAUAUUUGCUGACUUUUUGUUCAAGGAAUUUCGUUUGAAUAUAAUUAUCUUGUGAUAAGAUUUCCGUCUUUCGGAGGGAAAUUAUCGUUAAGGUCAAAAUUAGCCAAUCUUAUCAUAUUCCAAAUGCAAAAUCUCAUACAAAUAUAAAAUGGUCUGCCAUAUGUCCCUCAUAUAGCGUGUAUUCUUACUUUCCUGUAGAUAUAUCCUUUUAGAAUAAUUGAUCAGAAUUCUUUUGAAGCCUAUUUUCUGAUUUGAAUGUUUUGUGACACUUUGCGUAAUUUUAUUGUGAAGGUGGCAAAUUUAAAACAUCAAAGUCCAAAUUUAACUGUUCAGAUGUAAGGUAAAAUGGUUCACCAUAUAUCAACUCAAUUUAUAGUUUGUCAUUUAUAUAGUAAGGGAAUUAAAUCCAUCACACCCAACCCAGAAAGCAAAUAAUAGUCAAACUUUAAUGUCACAGCUUAAGCCUUUGAAUUAUAUCAAAAAGAAGUGUGCCAGCACAAUCUGGCAUUUAAAAUUAUGGGCUUUAUUUUAUACCUCAGUCACAAUUCAAGUUGUGAAAUUGAAUUCCCAGCCCAGAAAGCAAAUAAUAGUCAAACUUCAAUGUCACAGCUUCCCAUCAGCCUAUAAAUUAUUUCAAAAAGAAGAGUGCCAACUUAAUUUGGCCUAUUUCAUACCUCGGUCACCAUUAUAUUGGUAGGCCACUGUCGGGAUACUAUUUACAUGGAAUUGUCAUUGUUGUUUAUGAAAUCAUCUAUGACUCAACUCGGCAUAUUAUUCAGAGUUUUGUCGCGAUUGACCCAAAGCUGACUUACGAAUAACUUUAUUGAGUACCGUAUAUUGCAUUUAGGACACAUUUAUGUGCAAAUGACUUUAACACCAUAUGUCUGCAUUUGUCUGCUGGUAAAUUGGUCCUGAUAUUUAUAAAUAGACAUUUAAAGAGAAUUCAAACUGUGAUGAAACCUUUACACAUGAAUGGUAAUCAAUAUUGUUAUUUAUGUCAUUAAACCUAUAUAAAAUAUCUAUUUCAGUCAAAUUAUUCGAAUUACAGCGCUCAAAUUACACAAAUAUUUAGUAUCAGUAUUCGUAUAUACAUCUGUAAUUUAUAAAUAAACCUAUCUCGAUUACAUUUUAAAAUAAUAUUUGCCAAUAUGGAAUAUAUUCUAAAUCAUCCGAGGGAUAAAUUUAUAUGAAAUUAUCAUUAUUAGAGAAAAAUCCAUUUCAAUAAUUCAGAAAUGGUAAUUAUUGUUUUCGUAUAGAAUGUUUCCUUUUUGUACAAGAAAAUGUGUCUGGCACUGACAUGAGCAAAUCAUCAGCUCAGAGAAAACUAAUCCAGGUGUUAAUGGCUGCCAGUUUAUUGAUCGAAAUAUAAUUGGCACACUAAGAUGAUAAUUACACUUUUAUCCACUUCAAUUUGCUCCAGACAAAUUUUGGAAUUUUUUCCAAGUAUUGUAUAAUUAGUAUUGAAUUUGGUUGCUGUGUAGAAGAACACAUAGUACUCAAUGUAUAUCAAAUAAUAAAUAAGAACGCAAUUUAUAAAACUAUUUUGUUCAAUCAUUCUUGUGACACCAGCUAGACGUGUGUGGGGCAGGCGUAGGCAGCCUUUUUUCGGCUCACAUGCCAAAAUCUACUAAGUUUGAUGACAAAAUACUUCUGCAUGCUGACCAAAAUUGUCGAGAUUUCACUCAGUUGUGACGUCAUAAUUUUUUUUUAUAGCCAUGUGUCAUAAAAGGACAAAAGAGUUUAAAUAAAUAAUGAAUUGUUAUCAAACAAUAAUGAAUAAAUGGACACAGAGUUUCAUCACAUAAGAGUCUUAAAAUUCUUGUGAAGGAGAAUAAUCUUGUUCCUGAGGCUUCACUCACGUGCCGAAUAAAUAAGCUCGCGUGCCAGGGGUUGCCCACCCCUGGUGCCGGGAAUAGGUUCUUAAAAUGCUCCAUUUGGAGCACUGGGACUCUGUGAGAGAAACCCAGGGGCUCUGUGAGCUAUCCGUUUAGUUAUUCCAGACUGAAUAUUUUUUAAAUACAAAGCAGCAAAUGCAAAUGUAAUUUUAGUUUUUGUGUUUGUUUUUAUAAAAUUAUUGUGGAUCUUCGUAAAUAAUAGUCAAUCUCUUCAAAUUGUAAAGUCUGAAAAAAUUUCCAUUCGAAAAUAUUACAAAGAUAAUAUAGGCACAUUUUAAGCUUGUAUUCAAUCAUAGUUAGGAAAGACAUUCGCCAAAGUAUUUCAAAGCAAGUUGCCAAACUUAAACUCAUGUUACUUACCAAAGUCAUUUUCGCACACCAGUCUUUUGAAGACAUUGACAAAUAUUAAAUUUCGAAUCAAUUUUGAUAUUCAUUUUGUUUUUGACAACUUUGAUUGCUACAAGAUUAUUUUGGAUUCCACCACUAAAUGUUUUUGGAAUCUUUUCAAAUAUAAUUUGUGGUGUAUUUGGAAGUUAUUAAAAUGUAUUUUUAAAUAUAAUUUGGAUUAAAAUUAACAAUGUUUUUCCCCUAUAUCCAUAUUAUUUCCUUUGUAAAGAGUUUUCCGAAACUUUUCUCCAUUUUAAAAGUAUUGACUCUAUACUUAGUACGAAUACUUCCUGAUAUUUUAGAAUUAUUUAUUUCUCAAGUAUGGCCAUAUACCUGGUACCAUGGCCCAGGGGGGAAUCAAAUAAUUUAAAAUUUUAAUUAUUUUUGGCAAAAUGUCUAUUCUGGGGAUUCGGAUAUUUAAAACAAUUGUUUUUCUUUAGAAUUUUUCUGAAAUUAUAAUUCACUCUCAAGUAUCUAUACUCAGUACUUAAAACAAAGAAGAAUAGCGUAUUUGAGAUUAUUGGUAAUUGUAAAACGUUUUUGUAUUCAGAUUAUUUUUUUUGUGUCUUGAAUUGUUAAAUCUAGGUUUCCAGAAAUGUUCAACCAUUAUGGAAGCCCUUGUAAUUCAAUAUUCUUUAAGAUCCACUGCUUAAUUUAAUACUCUAUGCUAUGAUUUUACAGUCUAAAAUAUUGCUUUUUUUUAAUUCCAUGUCGCCUAGACCAGGGCUACUCAACUAAUUUUACCGAAGAUCCGAAUACAAAACUUGAAAAUUAAUGAGGUCCGUUUUUUCAGAAAUCAUAUUUCGAAAUCCUUGGACGCACACUUCCUCGACUGACUAAUGAUUAUUCGCUGAUUAGGAUAGCGCAUUGUUUAAUAUGUUCUUUUGCAUAUAUAGUCAGAUGCAAAUUAUAAAAUGACCUUCAAAACUAUAAAAGUCAUUCAAUAAACGAAAACCUUCACAUAUCCAAAGUGAGGCGAAUAAUCCAAAAUGAAGAAUUUGGUGCGGUCCGAAUCAAAUACUCAAAAGGUCCGAAUUCGGACCGCGGUCUGCUUGUUGAGUAGCCCUGUCUUAGACUGUUUAGAACAGUCCAAAAUUUUGAAUUCUUGUAGUGUGCUUCCAUGCGUGAACUGUCAGAAUAAGACUCAUCUUAAAUUGAGGGCUCUUAUUCUGUCAGUUCAAUAGUGAAUUUUGCAUGAGUGAAGCACAAAUCCUUUUUAUUGCUGCUGUAUAUAUGCUUUACCUUGAGCUCUUUCUACACAAUCUUGUAGUGGGUUUUAAUUUGCUUAUUUCUGUUUUUGUUGUUUGUUAUAUGGGAUUAUAUACGAGAGCAGUGGGGUCAAGUCAUUCGAAAUUGGGGGGGGGGGGGCAAAUAGUUGAUAUAAUUAAUUUUAUAUUUCAAGAAAUACUCAUUUGACAAUUUGGUAUUUGAAGUCAUAAUUAAAUGAGUAUUUGAAUGCUAUAUCUGAUGUAGUGAAUUAUAUUUCAUUUUAAAGAAAAUGGAAAUAUCUUAUUUGAGAUUUUAUAAUUUUGGUGGUCAGACGAAAAAUAAUAAAUUCAUCGAAAUAACUUUGAUUUAUUGCAACAAUUCUGGAUUAUCAAAUAAAAAUUGAUGAAUUCACAAAGUUAUCACAAGUUUAUCAGUUGAAUUUAGAACAUAUUCCAUAUUAUUUCAGAAUGGUAAAUUGUUUGGUUUUGGUACUUUUUCUAGUAUUGCCCCAAUUUCAUAACUGAAGCAUUAACAUGUUAUUGUAUGAUGCAGUAAAGCCUUAAAAUACUGAUACCUGUUCAAGUAAUUAUGCGAUAUAAUUUUUCUAUCAAGUUUUUAUUGUCUCAAUGUGCUAUGCUCUGUAAUAUAUAUGUUUCUGCCACUGAAAAUUAUUCUUGUGUAAUAAAUAUAUAAUUAUAAAGAAA